AUGGCUUCAGUUGACAUCAAAUCACCAUACGCUCACUCUUCUUCAUUUGAUGAAGGAUUCCUACAAGUGAGUACUAUCCACAGGCUCCACUAUGAGCAAUAUGGUAAGACGGAUGGGAAACCAGUAAUUUUCCUGCACGGUGGCCCCGGAGGAAGCACUUCUCUGUCCAACACACUGUAUUUCAACCCCGAUAUCUACCGUGUUGUUCUCUUUGAUCAAAGAGGUGCCGGUAAAUCCACUCCUUCUGCCGAAAUCAAAGAGAAUACAACAGACCAUCUCAUUAACGACAUCGAGACUCUUCGUAUUCAUCUCAAGAUAUCCAAAUGGCAUCUCGUAUUUGGAGGGUCCUGGGGCUCUGCUCUUGCCUUGCUCUACGCCCAAAAUCACCCGGAAAUGGUUGGAUCUCUCAUUCUCCGUGGAAUUCUGGCAUGUCGUAAGAUAGAACGCGAAUGGUCACGAGGCGAUUCUGGCGCAGCGCGGAUCUAUCCAGAGGAGUACCAUAAAUUUCUCAGUUUUUUACCAGAAUCUGAGAGACAGGAUCCUUUCAAAGGUUAUUACAAGUAUCUGCUUUCGGAUGACAAAAGCACGAGACUUGCUGCAGCCAAGGAAUGGAAUCGAUGGGAUAUGACUAUUGGUUCUCUGACAACUGACGAGCAUACAUUCGAGAAGCUGAAUGAUGAAAAAUGGUUGCUUUCGCAUGCGCUUCUGGAAGCUCAUUAUUUCUCACAUGCGGCAUGGCUGACAGACGAACAGAUUCUGUUUAAACAGAAUGUGGACAAAAUCAGACAUAUACCCACAACCCUAGUUCAAGGACGUUAUGAUAUAAUCUGUGCACCGCAGACGGCUUGGGAACUACAUAAUGCAUGGCCUGAGUCAAGAUUGAUUUGGAUUGCAGAUGCAGGACAUAGUGCAAAGGAACCGGGUACGCAGAGUAAAUUGAUUGAGGUUUGUGACGAGUACGCGAACCUAUGA